AUGUCUAUAACUACCACUGAAACGUUGCAAGAUGAACAGCUCAAGGGUCCCAAUGAUGCUGCCAAGAUCUUCCUCCUUGGUGGUGCCCCCCAAGAGAGUGUGGAGAAGUUGGAUCCCAGCGACCCUGCAGUAACUUUUAUCUUGAACUCUGAUGAUUUCAUCAAUCUUCAGAAGUAUAUUCGUGCCUGCACAGCACUUCCAUCCACCGAAUCGCUGUUUGAGGCCGAAUACUCUCGCGAGAACUUGAAAAAGUUCUUCGCAGAGGAUGACACUCUCUACAAUUUCAUGAAGGAAGUCCUGCCUAGGAUGCACAAGAGAGCCAACGACUUUCAGAUCAACACUAUUGAGCCUAUGAUCACUCUUGGAGGUCGCAUCGGUAACUUUGCCAAGGACUCUGGAAGAUUUAUGGAUAGGCUUGUCAAGAAUCUUGAAGUCAUGGGUCAGCCAGGAAUGGUCAAAGGAGUUGCUCAGUUUGACGCAGCAAAAUACGAUGCGGAAAAGACACUCGAUCGCCUAACUGACCAUGCCAAAAAGGUUGAAGUUGAGUGUAAGGAGAUGUUCGACAAGCUCACUGCGUUCAAAGUCGCCACGGAAACCCAAGAUCUUAAAGAUAUUACUGAAAUAUCUAGACGCCUCAAGAAGAUCAUACCUAAUGAUGAGGCUAAGAAAAGCAAGGUCCAGAAGCUGCUCGACGAUGCAAAGCGCCUCGUUGACGAAGCAAAGAACAUGCUUGAUGAUGAGGUGCGAAAGGCUCGAGAGCAAGGCAAGGCAAAGUGGUACCACUUUAUCCCAGUAGUGGGCACGAUCAUCUUGAUCAUCGACAUUGUCAAACACAAAGGUUUGAUCAACAGUCUUCGAGAACUGAACGACAGAUAUGAGCUGGCGAAGAAGAAGGGAGACAAUGCCAUAGAGUCUAUCACCGCAGCUUCUCAUCAGCUCGAUUCGCUGAUGAGUGAGGUCCAAGGCGUGACAGAUACUAUCGACAACGCCAUCGCAUCAGUGGACAAGAUGCAGAAGACAUUUAAUAGUCUUCAAGUUAUGUUCCAGGAUAUCAAGGAAAAACUCGAGUACACGACUAGCGAUCUCGGUGAUGAGAACAUCAAGAGCUUCAAUUUUCAAAUAGAGGAUCUCCGAGAUGCUGCAGUGACCUGGAAGCGUGUCUAUAUUCUUGCUCAGGUCUUUCAGAGCACUGGCCUGGUCAAAGAUGCAAAGGAUGCGCCUGUACAAGUAGGGCCGAUAGCAGAGAAAGAGUCAGGCUAG